AUGCAAUCCCUUCGCAAUGUCCUCAUGUUCGGCCUUGCUGUCGCGCACAUAGCGCGAGCUUGCGAAACCGACGAUGAUUGUAGUCUGAACGGGCUUUGUGUCGCCGCCGAUACAAGCGAUGAACCCAACACGUGCAGCUGUGAUCCAGGAUGGUUUGGUGAUGACUGCGGCCGACUAGACCUCGCGCCCGCGACAAGAGGAACAGGUUACAACCACACAACGGUCCAGAAUGCAGAUGACUUUGGCUCGUACGGGAACUCGUCAUGGUGCGGCUCCAUCGUGCAGGAUCCCAAUGACUCGGGAUUGUUCCACAUGUUCACCUCGCAGUUUGCGCACGGCUGUGGCCUGUCGGGCUGGCGACCUUCGUCCUUUAUCGCCCGCGCCGAGUCGAGGACCGGACCGCAAGGCCCAUACCUCUACGCCGAAGCCGUUACGGAGCCUUUUCGUCACAACCCCUACGUCUUUUUCAGUCCGGCAGACCAAAAGUAUCUACUAUAUACGAUUGGGGUUGACGCGCCAGAGGCUACCAAGUGCCAGUCUAUAUCCAAUACGCGAUGGCCGAAUAACAUUUCUGUCUCAAGUGCCGAUGAUCCUCACGGGCCCUGGACGCCUUUUGAAUUGAUUCUCAGCUCUAUGGAUCCUCAGUCCACAAAUCCCGCGCCCUGGCCACUAUGGACGGCAGAGAAUCCGACGAGCCAGAUUGCGCUCGGCAUCGAGGACGACGCCAUCUUCAUUGGUGAUCACUGGAACGGCAGCUACGAGCUCUUGUACCAGCAGCAGUGGAACACGACCGAGUACAGCCCGACCUGGACCGAAGAUCCGUUCCUCUGGCACGACAAACGCGGCAACUGGCACUUUCUUGCGCACUGGAUGAUUGAUAUCGUCGAGGAAGACGGGCAAAAGUAUCCGCGGGUGGGCGCGCACAUGUUUGCAAGGAACUUGACGGGGCCCUGGACGUUCAAGCAACAGGAGGCAUUCAACUCGACCGUCAACUUCACCGAUGGAUCGACACAGCUCUUUAAGCGUCGGGAGCGGCCCAAGCUCUUCUUUAGCAAUGAUGGCGAGUUGACGCCGCUGUAUCUCGUCACCGGUGUGCAGGAGAUGAACCAGACUGGGGCGAGUUAUACUCUUGUGCAGCCCGUUGGUAGCAAAUGGCAAGAUUUUGAGGAUGCCCUUGGAUUUUAA